AUGCAGAGGAGAAUCACUUCUAAUGUUGAGACCGAACCUCACAGUUCUGGUCCUCAACCUGAUGGUGAUCCUGAAACUAAUGAUAACGCAAAUCCAGAAGGUGAAGAAAAUCACCAGUCGGAUAAUGAAGAAGAUCCUCAUAAUAAUAAUGCCCCUCCACCACCAUCGCCUGAUCGUCAUGGCUCGGUAGCUCAUUUCGACCUAGAAUUGCAUCAAAUGGACGUUAAGACGGCAUUUCUAAAUGGCGACCUUGAUGAAGACGUGUACAUGACUCAGCCGGAAGGUUUUGUUGUGGAAGGAAAGGAACAUUUAGCAUGUCGUCUGAAGAAAUCCAUCUAUGGCUUGAAGCAAGCUUCAAGACAGUGGUACCUCAAGUUCGAUAAGAUUAUUAGAACUUUUGGUUUUACUGAAAAUGUUAAGGACAACUGCAUUUAUGUUAAGUUUAAGGGCAGUAGGUUCACUAUAUUAGUCCUGUGUUCUAGUGGCUAUUGUUCACGAUCUGGUGUUACUCUUGAAGUAUUACGCCUAACAAGGAGUAGCCGUGGGAGGACGAUGGUGGGCGACUUGCUGGACAUGCAGGCGUCGGACCCGGACGUAUACAGCGACGAGGUCAUCAGAGCUCUCUGCCUGAGCAUCCUGCAAGCCGGUACAGAAACCUCAUCGAGCGCGAUCGAGUGGGUCAUGGCGGAGAUGCUGAACCAUCCAGCAGCAAUGGCUAAGGCUAGGGUGGAGCUCGACGAUGUCAUCGGCACGGGACGCCUAAUGGAGGAAGCCGACCUGCCAAAGCUCCCCUACCUCCAGUGCAUCCUCAGAGAGACCCUCCGUCUGCACCCAACUGCUCCGCUCCUCGCGCCUCACGAGUCCUCCGCCGACUGCACUGUCGCCGGCUACGACAUCCCGGCGGGGACAAUGCUUCUCAUCAACGUGCACACGAUGCACAGGGACGCGGGCAUGUGGGAGGAGCCGACGAGGUUUAUGCCGGAGAGGUUCGAAGGUGGAAAGGGCGAGGGGCAAUGGAUGCUGCCAUUCAGCAUGGGCCGGAGACGGUGCCCGGGCGAGGCGCUCAGCAUGAAGGUGGUCGGCCUCACGCUGGGCACUCUGGUGCAAUGCUUCGAGUGGGGCAGGGUAAGCGAGGAGGAGAUUGACAUGGCUGAAGGAUCAGGACUGACCAUGCACAUGGCCAUCCCGUUGGAGGCUUCGUACUGGCCUCGUGAAGAAAUGGCAUCGGUGCUAAGGUGGCCUUCAUCCGGUUCCUCCUCCGCUCCGUCCUCUCUCCCGCCAGAUAGCAUG